UCUUUGAAGCAGCCGCACACGUCGACCAAUCACAGAACGAGAAGAGAAAUCCCUCAAAUCACGAUUCACUAAGGCGAUAUCACUUCCUGGUUGAGUUCCCAUGCUGGUUUUGUGCUUUCCGCUGAGACCUGCACGCUUUUAUCAUAGUUAAAGAGUAAAUAAUCUCAUGGCUAAAGACAAAUCCUUGAAACCAGACACAAAUCCUCCUAAAAGGAAGAAGUUGAGCUCGAAUGCCAGCGAGGUUCACGCAGAAGAAAUGAUGAACACUAAAGAACAAAAGAAAAGGAAGAAGAUGGAAGUGGAGGAGCCUUCAGAUGUGACAGUCACACCAGCUGAUAAAAAACAGAAAAAGGAAAAAAAACGCAAAAAGAAACAAGCGACAGGACAAACAGAGAUUUCUGAUCCACCCCGUGGCCCAGAGGGGACACAUGAGCUGGAGGGAGAGGAGGACUUGACCCCUGAGGAGAAGAGGGUUCUGGAGAGGAAGAUGAAGAAGAUCCUGAAAAAGGAAGAGAAGAAGAGGCUUAAAGCUGAGGGAGAGACCUUAGAGAGAACUGAAACAUCAGGACCAACUGCGGCUCAGCAGGCCUUAGAUUACCUCACCUGCUGGGCUGAAACCCGUACAAAGUGGAAGUUCCAGAAGACCAGGCAGACGUGGUUACUACAGCAUAUGUUCGACUCCGAAAAGAUCCCUGAUGAGAAGUUUCCCAUACUGCUCCAGUACCUGGAGGGGCUGCGUGGAGGAGCCAAAGACACCACAGUGAAGAAGGCCUUAGCCCUGGUUGAAGAGUCAGGACAAGCACCAGAGGACAAAGCUGUCCAACAGAGGGCGCACAGAGCCAGAGAACUUAUACAGCUGCUCUCCUGAACCCACCACCAUCAAAGAAAGAGACCAACUAAAAAAAAAAAAGACUGAACCAUGUUUGUUUUAUCAGUGGACUGAAUGAUUGUCCUGGUCUCAGGCUAUGAUUAAAACAUGUUGUUUUAUAUGUAGUUUUUUGGAAGAUUGCUUUGGGGAAAGGAUGAGUUUUCAUUAAAUUAUCAGUAUUGCUCACA